AUGUCCGUCCUCUUCGGUCAGAUGCAGAACAACAAAGGCGUCAUCCUUCUGUCGCUUAUCGGUCCUGCCGUUCAUGCAACGCUGCCACCAGCUUCAUCAUCGUCGUCGCCAAGCAUGACCUCUGGUCAGAGCUACUCAACAUUAACAGGGGCCGUUGACCCGGAUCAAAUGUGCGGAGACGUUGCUGCUGGGAUUGUCAGUACUGAAUGGUAUGCUCCGACUUCUUAUGCCUUCAACAACCCAUAUUCCACGCCGUUCCCGUCAUCGACCGUUGAGAGCCAACCAUGGACGGCAUAUGCUAAAGCAUCUGUUCCGGAUCUCUCGGGCUCACAGUUCGGAUUGCAGCAGCAGCACUCGUACCCGGCGCACAUGGGCCAUCAACCAUUACCGCCGCACUUCCAAGACCCAAACAGACCGAAGAGUAGUCCCAGCACCUUUGGUCCGAUGCCAGACAGUAUCGCGUGGCCUGCAACAUCAUCAGGACUCGGAAUUCAAUACACGACAGCCGCAGACCCUACUCCAUUAACCUCGACCUUCCCUCCUACUGUCUUCCAAUACCCAGUUGACGAACAAUACAGCGCAUCAACGGCUAGUCCGCCAGAGAUCAGACAUCCACAGCCGCGGAGAUCGUACCCCAACAUUGCACCCAAUCCGGCCGGCGUUGUGACUCUAAAGCGGUCAAGGGAGGAAGAAGACCGUGCCGAAGCCAGCGGCUCUUCCAAGCGCCGCAAACGCACAACCUCCGCUGCCACCGCCGACCUGAGCGAGGGCGACCGCUUCCUGGUGCAACUCAAGGAGGACGAGAAUCUGUCGUGGAAGGACAUCGCUUACCGCUUUGAGACCGAUAGGGGCGAGAGCCCACAGGUCCCUGCGCUGCAGAUGCGGUAUAAACGCCUACGCGAGAAGCACAGGGUUUGGGAGCAACAGGACGUCACAGCAUUAAGACAGGCGUACGAGUACUGGGAGAAGUCCAAGUGGGACAUUAUUAGCACGAGGAUGCUCGAACACGGGGUCCAAGAACGAUGGCCCGCCCGUUUCUGUGCCCGCAAGUGGCAAGAACUCGAGGCGCAGAGUCUAGCUCAGGCGUCGACUGCUGCAGGUCUGCUGCCAGGGAUGAUGCAGACGACACAACAGUUCGCCAGCCCGGUGGAAGCGCCGACGCAUUUCGGCUUUAUGCCACUCCAAUGA